CCACCGCCCUCUUUCUUCCUCUCCGUCAACCACAUACGACCAAGCGACUCUUUCUCCCAGCAGAGAUUAACUUUGCAGACAAGACCAAAUACUACUCAUAACACUUAACAGUCCGCUAAUUAGCCCGCUGUAGAUACAGAAAAUAUAACAAAAAUCCAUAUACAAAAACUCUUUAAAAACCCCAAGAUUUUUGAAGAAUUGAAGAGAUGGGAGCUGAUAUACCCUAUUGUGGAACAGAGUUUGUGCUGUAUGUGUUUGCAAGUUUGGGUUUGGUAUUGCUUGCUGGGCUUAUGGCUGGCCUUACUCCUGGCCUUAUGUCUCUUGGUCUUGUGGACCUUAAGGUUCUUAUCAAGUCUGGGCGGCCUCAAGAUCGUAAGCAUGCUGGACAGAGGAAAGGUUAAUGCAAAAAUCCAAUCUGAAAGAUGUGAAGACGAAUGUGAUGAAGCUGUUCUGCUCAAGUGUGGAUUUAGGAUGUUGGGUGCAGACUUGCUCAAUGAUACUAAGAUGCUGGAGAUUAAUAAUGGUGCCAAAGAGCUUAACAUCCCCACCAGCGAUGCCAACAGGAAACUGGUUGCUUCGGACAAUGGGGGCUUGCAGAACCCAUCUUAUUUGAUAUUUAAUCCUGUGUGGGAUUCUAAAGGAGCACCAAGUCCUAACAAAAGAUUCAACUAUCCAUCAGUUCCAGGUGUGCAGAAGCCAAUUUCUGAUGAAGACAUUGCUUUUAUGACUGUUCUUGAACUGGGGCAACUCAUUAAGACCAAACAAAUUUCAUCUGAGGAGCUUACAAAGAUUUUCCUGAAGAGGCUGAAGAGGUAUAAUCCUGUUCUUGAAGCUGUAAUCACUUUCACUGAGGAACUGGCAUACAAGCAAGCCAAGGAGGCUGAUCAUCUGCUGUCCCAAGGAGUGUAUUUAGACAACCAAAUACACCACGUAACAGCAGCACCACCGUGCAAGAUCCUAUCACCACCAUAGCCCGCUGUCUCUCUCUUCAUCUAGGCAAGCUCCUGUGCUACUUUUCAUUCCAUCUAUCAAGAACACUACUUAAUUCAUCUCCCCUGAAGAUAUCAUUCCAGUCCUGAAGCAUGCGCAGCAAUUCUCUAGAAGACUGCCAAAGCAUCUCCGAAGAACCUGAGAUGCCGAGGGGAGCUGGAAGUGUGAGAAAUGCAACAAUAUCAAUUAUCCUUUUAGGAGAAAGUGCAAUAGACAAAAUUGUGGGGCAGAUAAGCCGUCCGACACCAAGAAGUCCCCUUCAGAACCUGUAGAUGAUAAUGAUCAGGUCUGUUUGAUGAUGUCUAUAUGUUCUAUGUACACCCGUAACUAUUCUUUAUCAAUCUUUGUAUGUAUUGGAAAAUUGAGAACAGCUCAAGUGCGCAAUUAUUAUGUAAAGUAUUAUCUCUUGCCAAAUCUGUUCACUGUUUAUUUUCGGGUUUCUUUCCUAUUUAAACUCA